AAAGCAAAAACAGCAUGAAAGUCCGUAAUAACAAAAAUUCCAGGAAAUACACUGUACUGGAGUAAACUCCUGCCGGGAAUCAGCGACAGCAGAAUUCCACAGAAAGCUUUACAGAUUUCCAGAGAAUUCCAGCGCCCAUCAUUUGCGAGCUUCUCCACAAACACCCACCCCUCGCGUUUUACUUUGUUUAAUCUUGUGGUUUAUUUGAUCGUGCUAGCAGCAAAAUUGUAGUAAUCUCAGCUGUUUAACACAUUUACCGUAAUUAAAUACAGGAAACGCAGUCGUCCGCAGAUGCCAAACAAGGUGGAAAUGUAGGGAAAAUGUAUGUGGAUCUAUAAGUAGGAAAUUUGAAAGUUCAACAGUGGAUAGAUAGAUAGAUAGAUAGAUAGAUAGAUAGAUAGAUAGAUAGAUAGAUAGAUAGAUAGAUAGAUAGAUAGAUAGAUAGAUGUCAAAUAGGGUUUAAAUAUGGACAGUGCAUUUUAAUUAUGGACGUUAUUGCACGUUUCUAAUUGGUAACUAUUUAUUUAUUUAUAGAAGAAAUACAGCAAAUUAGUAUAAAUUCAAUAUGAAAUCAAAGAUAGUUUAUCCAUCCUACAUUUACAGUUAUUUUAUUAAUCAAGUCUUGUGAUAAAGAUUUAAAUAUACAGUAGAUGGCGCUAUUCUGUCGUAAAAUUGACGCGCUUCUUUAUUUGGGGCUUGAAAGGACAGAGCCGACAUCUUGCCGGCUUUUUAAAAUAAUUUUGCCUUAUAAUUCGUGAACGACUCUUAAUGCUUUCGAUUCUCAUAAAGCACGGCAUAACUAGAGUAUUUCAGAAUUGAGAUUUUAGACAGUCGUGACUCUUUGAACAUCGUUGGCCCGUCCAGACAGCCCUUCGCGUCCAAGCAUCCGCGCAGACAGACAUGGAUCAACACGACUCGACGUUUGGAGUGCAGCUCUUUAUUUAUGAUUUGUCGAGAGGAAUGGCACGACAGCUUAGCCCGAUAAUGUUAGGAAAACAGCUUGAUGGAAUUUGGCAUACAUCUGUGGUGGUCUAUGGAGAAGAGUUCUUCUAUGGCGGUGCUGGGAUUUCUAGUUGCCCACCGGGCGGGACGAUGCUCGGACCCCCAGAUACAGUAGUUGAGUUGGGAAAUUCAGAAGUGACAGAAGAAAUAUUUAUGGACUACUUGUCUUCUCUUGGAGAGACAACGUACAGUGGGGACAAGUACAGAUUGUUUGAACACAACUGUAACACAUUCACUAAUGAGGUGGCCCAGUUUUUGACUGGCAAUAAAAUUCCCUCCUAUAUCACAGAUCUGCCAUCCGAGGUGCUUUCCACGCCAUUUGGUCAAGUGCUGCGGCCAAUCCUGGACUCGAUACAUAUUGCCCCGCCUGGUGGGAACGUGAUUAACAGCCAAAAUCAUCACAGCUAGAUUGGCUUUAUUUCCCCUCCCACACACACACAUAUACAUGUUAACACGCAAUAAUUCACACACAGGCUGUUUAUACACACACAUUUAGCCUGUUGUAAAUGAAGGUUGGCUCAGAAACCUUUUUCAUAGACUAAUACAUUUUACAUGCUUUUGGCAUACACUUUUUUCCAAAAUGACUCAAAGUGCAUUCGGGCAAUACAUUACAGUAUCAAUUUAUGUAUUCCCUGGGAAUUUAACCCAAUAGCCUGGCAUUUUUAGCGCCAUGCUCUACCAGCAGAGCUUCAAGAACAUAAAUUACUAUAAAUACAUUUAUAAUAGUAUUUGUUAAUGAAUAAAUUCAGAUCUAUGAUGUCCACAUUUACAGUUGCCCAAAUAUUCUCAAACAUUCCUGUUUUAAAGUGUUUGUUUAAUGCACAAGGCUACCAGAGGUUCACCAGGGUACCGAUGGUUCAUAUUUUUACAGUACUGACUUUUUGGUUUCUAUGGUUAUCAGUUUAUCAUGUGUCUUUGUUGUGUAUCUCCACAGCCCACCACAUGCAAAGGUCAUUUGUUAUUGUUUUAAGUCGACUUGAAACAACAAUCCCAAAUUUUUCCUCUACUUUUAAAUCCAUUUACAUUACUUCAUGCUCUGAUAAUGUUUUUGUAUCCCACUAAGCUGUGUCCAUUUAUAUUUAUUAAUCGCCAAAACAGACUGUUUAUUUAUUUAAACUUGUGUAAAACUUUGUGAUAACAGCACAUGUGUUUUGCAUGGCUUUCUUGCAUUUGAAGAUCUUAUUGAUGAUUGUAAGGAAGUCGAUUCCCAGAUUAACUCUCUGUCAGACGACGUCCAGAGAAAUGUACAUAUCUGUGCCUUUAUUAUAUGCCACCUUGGGCACAAGAAACAUUUUUUAACAUAAAUGUGUUAAGUAAACAUAAUUCGUAUGUGGACAUUAUCCCUUGCACGUAUUUAUUCAGAUAAAUGCUAUUUCAGUAUAUAAACUAUAAAACAAUAUACAGUUAAUUAAGAAGGUUUCCUGCUAUUGUGAAUUUUAUAUUAUGGCAAAAAUGUGUUGCUUUGCUAUUGUUAUUUAUUACCAUAAUCCUAUUUUGAAUCAGUUUAUUCAGCACAAGUGACAAUGUUUGUAUUGUAUUUGUGUUUCAUCCAGAGUUGAACAUUUAAGGAAACAUUGUAUUACCAUUCUAUUGUUGGUUUUAUGUUGUAUUUAUUGAGAAAUUGUUGUCAUCUGCACUGAAUUAAUUUCAGCCUUGAUUUCAGAGAAAUAAAUUGACUUUUCAUGAAUA